AUGUCGAGUUCUCGAGAGCGAUUGGUGAAGGCGGUGAAGAAGUUCGUGGAGGUUCGGUACAAGGUUUUCAGCAAUCGGUACGGCCAGAACAUUAUCGACAUAUUGGACUUCCCAAUUAAGGUGGUCUUGUCUCCCUUCACUCUCGCCUUCGACAUUGCCGGCUCUGCUCCUCGUGGCUUCGGCGUCCCCGAACUCAUCUCCAAGCUCUCUGCCACUUCUGUCUUCGCUAUAGCUGCUCUUGGAACUUAUGACAUUGCAUUUGAGCUGGGGAGGAAGGUGCUAUGUCAAAGGAAUUGUAAUACAUGUAAUGGAUGGCGGGCCUUACGGUGUACUAUGUGCCGAGGAAGUGGGAGGGUGCAUUAUCAAGUGAAGAAUUACACCUUGAAGAGUGGAGAGAAGCCAACAGCUGAAUCCGUGGCAGACGCCAUUGCCAACAAUCGGGCUGAGUUGGUGCAUAUACCAUCAUCCUUGGAUUUUCAAAAUCCACUCCCUUCAAAAGAGUGCCCAACAUGUGAUGGAACGGGUGUAAUGAGCUGUCCUGAAUGCAAACACAGAUUGUUGCACGUUAGGAUCUCAGCAGAUGAUAUUAUGGAGCCCCCAUGGCAAGCUUAUAAUGUCUUGAAAAAAAUGGAUUACCCAUAUGAGCACAUAGUCCACAGCAUGAAAGAUCCUAGUAUUGCUGCAUUUUGGCUGAUUACAUUUCCUCAGAUCAUGGGUGGAUUUACCUACGAUGAUGAUGUGAAGCAGAAAAUAUGGUGGCAAUACAAGGAGUCUAGGCGUUACGAUCAACUUCGAGAUGUGGUGGCCAAGAGGAAACCAGGGUGGGAGUAUCUGCAGGAGGCCUUGAUAUCUAUUGAUCCUGAUCGUGCAAGGGAUGAUCCUGUCAUAGUGAAAAAUGUCCCUUAUUAUAAAGCUCAAAAGGCACUAGAGACAGAGGUUAUGAAGCUUGAUCCUCCACCAAGACCGUCAAAUUGGGGUGAUCUGGACCUUCCAUUGAAUGCAUCGUCUUGGAGCGAGGAGGAUCUCAAAAAUCCAGAAAAGUUCUAUGAAAUGACUGUUCUUCUUAAUGCCCAAAGAGAAAUCUCUGAUAAGAUCUUGGAUGCACAGUGGGAAACUAAAUGGCGUCAGGACAAGGUUGGUGAAUUUGUCUUUACAUCUGUUUGUAAUUUUGUUUAUGGUGAAAAGAUCAAAUGCAAAGCUGUCUGUGGUUUGAGUUAUGUACUUAACCGCUGUCGGAAUUAUUACAUGCCUUCAAUACAUAUUCAAUUUUUGAAUGAGAUGUUGGAGGCCAAGGUGAAGCCAUACAUUCAGGAUAUUGACAAUGCUGUUCUUCCGGAGCCUAUUUUAAUAAAACCGCAAAAGCAGGAAAAGAUUUACUCUAACGUUAUAGGCAACGGCGGAGGUGGUUUUUCUUUUGACAACAGGGGCAAAGCUACAAUAUAUACUCCAGCAUGCUAG